UCACGCUUGCUCAGUAAGUUCUUGACCUGUCUUGACCUACCCGGCAUCCAGAAAAAAGCCAAUGAUUAUGUAUUACUCCAUACACUAGUCAACGGAACCAUCGCGAAAAAUGUCAAAUUUGCUUUGUAGCAGCGGUGUUAGACUGAGAGCGCUUCCGGUCACAACUCACGCAUGUUGUGGAAGAGGUAUAGGUAGCAAGUCUCUUCAUCUUGGACAAGCAACAUCAAGAGGAUCUAGGAAAAUAAGGUAUCAUCUACGGUCAGACCUGACCCCAUUGGCUCCUUGGUCUGUACCUCGACCAAUCAGCAGCAGCUUUCACGGCUUACCCGACCACAGGAAAGGCGGACACAGUAUCGGUGCGUACUCACACACGACUCCAACUCUUGUCCUCGUAAACUUUUCUCCCUUCGGAACUGUUCCCAAGUCCGUGUGGAUAAGACACUUUCAUGGUGACGUCCCACAGCAAGGCGGAAAAGCAGAGUCUAAAGUAGAACAGUCGGUCAAAGCUUUGAAAGAAAAGGGGAAACAGAAGGCUGCCGAGCCGGAGCCACCGUUUGUCACUUCUCCCGGGAAGGAAUUGGUCGUUCCGCGGAAGUCGCUAUGGGUGCGGUUCGUGGAGGAGGUGAAGCACUAUUAUCACGGUUUCCGUCUGCUGUUUCUGGACUUCAAGGUGGCCGCGAGACUCUUCUUCAAGAUGUGGAAAGGAAUUUCCCUGACACGCAGGGAGUACAGACAGUUCACUCGCACAGUGGCAGACCUGGGGCGGAUCGUACCAUUCUCCCUGUUCCUGAUCAUUCCCAUGGCGGAGUUCCUCCUACCCUUCUAUGUCAAGCUCUUCCCAGGCCUCAUGCCGUCCACUUUUGAAGACAAAAAGACGAAGGAUGAAAGGUUGCGCCAGCAGCUGCGUACUCGCCUGGACACAGCGCGCUUUCUGCUGAAGACGAUGGAAGAGUUACCCGUAGAGACGCGGAGGCGGAGCUCGGGCAGGAAGUCUGUGGAGGACUUCAUACAGUUCAUGGACAGGCUGCGUCAGAGUGGUGAGCCUGCCCCUACUGAGGAGAUCCUGAAGUACUCCAAGCUGUUUGAGGAUGAGAUGACACUAGACAACAUGGAGCACCCAUCCCUGGUGGCACUGUGUAAGCUCCUACAGCUCCAGCCAAUAGGAACCAACAACUUCCUGCGCUUCCAGCUCAGGAUGAGGCUCAGGACGAUAAAGGCAGAUGACAAGAUGAUCCAGAGAGAUGGCAUCAACACCCUGACAGCCAAUGAGCUGCAGGUGGCGUGCCGUGCGCGGGGGAUGCGAGCCCUGGGGAUGUCUGAGGACCGGCUGAGGUUCCAGCUGUCCCAGUGGCUGGACCUGCACCUGAACGAGGAGCUACCCACGUCCCUCCUGCUGCUGUCCCGUGUGCUGUACCUCCCCGAUAACCUGCCAGCUACAGACCAGCUGCAGGCCACGCUGUCCGUCCUGCCAGAGUCCAUUGAAAAAACAGCUCGGUUGAAGAUCGCGGAAGCGGAGGGCGCGGUGGACAACAAGACAAAGCUGGAUGUGAUCCGUGCUGAGGAGGAGGCCAUUCAAAAGGAGCUGGAGGAGAGGAAGGCUGAGGAGAUGGAGAGAGAGGAGCAGGAGAGGAAAAAGGCAGAGGCCGAUGCCCAGAAGGCUGCUGAGAAGGAACAGCUGGUGGACACAGCGCCCCCUGUCCAGACUGAAGAGCAAACUGCAGCUGAGACCAUGGUGGACAAGGCUCCCGAAAUCAAAUCAGAGAAGAAGGAAGAGAAAGUCCUGGACACAGAUCUCGAGGAGAUCUCGGCUGCCCUGAAGAAGCUGGCAGCUGAGAAGGACACGACCUUGACUGUGGAGAGAGAUGAGUUCAACGACCUGAAGGAAGAGUAUGAGGAAUUCAGACAGCAGUGGGUGGUGGUGGGCACAGGUUUCCAGGACGAGAAGAACCUGCGUAAAGUGGCGUCCAAGACGGGAGAGCCAAUCAGCAUCCCCAAGUCCACCCGCCGGCUGAAGGGCGUCGUGACGCGGAUGUUCAACCGCAUCGAGAACACCAUCAUGGAACUGGAGAACAGGAAGGAGCAGGUGGAGGUCCAGUUGGAGCUGGAUAAAGAGAAGGUACAGCUGAUGGAUGUACCAGAGAACACACCCAUUCUGGACAGGAUAGAGACAGAGAAGUGCUGGACCAGCCCUACAUGUACUGCUAACCACAAGCACACCAGGGAGUGUCUGGUCACCUUAGAGGAGCUGGUGGAAGUCUUGAAGAAGAUCAAGAACAUGGACACAGACAUGGCAGCCGACAAGAAGCUGGAGCACAUCGCUGAGAUCCUGGAUGAUGACCAUGACGGACAGAUCCGCUUGAACGAAGUGAACAAGGCGUUGCAUAUGAUCCUGGAGGAGGACAUUGACCUGUCGGAGUCGCAGCUGAGGGAGGUGGUGAAGCUGCUCCAUGUGGAGGAGGAUCUGGAGGAGGAGGAGGACAGGGAGAGGGACAGGCUGGAGAAGGAGCGGGAACUGUGGUCUCAGCAGCAGCCUCGGGAAGAAGAGAAGAAGCAGAACUAAGACAUAGACUAUCGCUGGCUGACAGAAAAGUCGAUUCAGAAGUAGCUGUGACAAGCAUGCUUUUCUAAUCAGAAGUUGAAGGCAUUACAGAUUAUCUUGAAAAGAUAUAGACCAGAGAAUAUUGGGACACUAACAGGAAGUUAGGUCAAAGGUCCCAGAAAAGUCCAACAAUAGGUUAUCUCAUUUCCUGUCUUAAAUUUUCUGCUAUAUACAUGUCUACUGCCUUACUCUAGGUGUCCUCUAUCCUGUCCCCUGUACUAACUGCAAAAAGUGUCCGUAGGAAGCAAUAUCUGUUGAAAGGGCAUGAACUUUGAGCCUUGACACCUCUAGGUUGAAGUUGGUAAAGCUGGUGUCAAAGGAGCUAAAAGCUGUCAGAGUCACUCAGUUCUAAAUUAUACUUAAAAAAGACAGUCAAUUGUACAUUUUGUGCAGAUUGGUGGUGACUAUGGGAAAAACAUGUGUCAGAAUAUAUGUCUUAAGCAAGAGUGUGGAACCAUUUCAGGACAAGUACCAAAGCUGUCUUAGAUAAAAGAUUAUAUAUAUACACAGACCCCUCCAGAAGAAUAUUGUUUUGAAUUGUGAUGAAAGC